GACAAGAUGAAGCAGCUCUUCCUGCUCUUCCUCCUCGGGCUCAUCAGCAGGUCCUCGCAGAUCGAAGACAACAAGAUCCCUGGGCUGUGCUCAGGGCAGCCGGGUAUCCCUGGGACCCCGGGCCUGCACGGGGGCCAGGGUUUGCCAGGCAGAGACGGACGAGAUGGCCGGGAUGGAGCCAUGGGGAUGCCAGGGGAGAAGGGCGAGAUGGGCCCUCCUGGAGUGCCCGGUCCCCGCGGGGAGGUGGGCAGCCCCGGCGUGGACGGGCUGCACGGUGAGAAAGGGGCUCAGGGCGAGUGCGCAGUGGCUCCCCGCUCCGCCUUCAGUGCCAAGCGCUCCGAGUCCCGCAGCCCUCCCCUGGCCGACCAGCCCAUCCUCUUCGACGUGGUGCUCAUCAACGAGCAGGGCCACUACGACCCGGCCACGGGCAAGUUCACCUGCGAGGUGCCCGGCCUCUAUUACUUCGCCGUGCACGCCACCGUGUACCGCACCAGCCUGCAGUUCGACAUCAUGAAGAACGGCCACUCGAUCGCCUCCUUCUUCCAGUACUACGGCAACUGGCCCAAGCCCACCUCGCUCUCGGGGGGCACCCUGGUCCGCUUGGAGCCCGAGGAUGAGGUGUGGGUGCAGGUGGGCGUGGGGGACUACAUCGGCUUCUACGCCAGCGUCAAGACGGACAGCACCUUCACCGGCUUCCUCGUCUACUCCUACUGGCAAAACUCCGCCGUGUUCGCCUGA